GAAAUGUAAAUCAUUUUUGGUCUUGAAAUUGGUUGUUUUGAGUUUUUCUUUCUUUUUUGUUUUUGUUUUUUUUUUGUUGUAAUAAAUGGAUACUACUAACAGCAAAGAUGCUGGAAAGGGUGAAGAACAAAAACGUGAUGAAGAAAUUUCUAAAGUAUCAGAUGUGUCGAAAAUAUUUACGCCUAAAAGUAUGACAGAGAUUGAAGCAGAUAGAUCAACUUUGUUCACUGGUGCUAAACAUGAUGCAUCAUUUCUUGCUGUCGAUACUAAUGAUGCAAAAUCAACAGUGCCUACUUAUCAACCAAGCGAAGUUAUGAGCGGUGGAUUAAUGUCUUUGAAAGAAGAAAUGCCAAAAAUUGAUGCUGAAUCAAAAACAAAUACAAAUCAACGAUCAUUGCUUUCACAGAAUGAUCGACUGGAUUCUAUUGGAAGUGAAAUGAGUUUAGGUUUUGAAAUACCGGGCGAUGCAGAUGGUACAAAUCCACAAUCAUUGGUCAUACGUGAUGGUCCUGAACUUUAUCAAACAAUUUUACGUACAGUUUGUGCUUAUGCAAUACGUUGUUCACAUGGCCAAAUGCCAAUUCAAAAAUUAAAAAAUCAUUCUGGUUAUUGGUUACCAUUUGCAUAUGCUAAUGAAGAUGAAAAAUAUUCUAAAACAAUCGAUAUUGUUCUUGAAUGUUUUCAAAAUGAAACAAAACCAACAUCAGAUAAUAAUAACAAAUCAACCAGUUCUAAAUCAAAAGAAACAUUGGCAAAAAUUUUGACAAAUGUUCAACUUUACAAUAUACAUCGAUCACAAAUACCGGAUGGACAAUUUGUUUCACGAUAUAUUUUUCUUGCACAAUGGAAUAAUUCGAAUCCAAAUUAUAUCUGUUGCAAAGAAAAUGCUCAAAUUAAAUGGUUACCAUUAGCAGAAGCAAUAAAUUCGAAAAAAAUUGCCGAUAUAUUAUGGGGCAAUGAAGUUAAUAUGACAGCAACCGUACUUAAUGAACUUCAUUUAAACAAACCAGUAUCCAAUAAAUUUCCAAACAUAUCGGAAUUUACAAGCAGUGAAGUUUUAAAAUAUACAACUUCAACAACUAUUAGUCCUAACAGAUCGGCAACUACUAAUCAAACUUUGGUCAUGUUGUCCGAUGCUAAAUUUACCGAAAAAGAUGUUAUCAAAGUGUAUUGUGAAUUUAUACAACAUUGUUAUCCAUCCGCUAAUAUGACAUAUUGUGCUUUUGCUGAAUACAUCAAUAAAAUGGAUUUACUAACAAAUGAUGAAAACAUUAUCAGAUCUGUAUAUCGAGCAAUAUCACCUUCUUGGCGUAAUCGUAAUUUUAUGUUUUUUAAUGAAUUUCUUUUGGGAUUGGCAGCACUUGAUUCAUCAAACAAUACUCCAUUACGUUGUGGAUAUAUAUUCCGUUAUUAUGAUCAGAAUUCGGAUAACUUUUUAGAUGAAGAAGAUUUUAAAAAAAUUGUUUUCGAUAUACGUGAUGCAUCAAUGAUGUCAACAGAACCGGCAGCAGUACAAAAAGAUUGUCAAACACGUUUGACUCAUUUAAAGCUAAUGGAUGAUAAGAAACGUAUCACAAGUCAAAAUUUUACACGAGAAGUGACCAGUGGUCGAUUGACUGGAGUCGGACAAUUAUUUCGUGCCAAUCGUCCCGUACUUGAAACAAUUCAUUCAAGACAUUUGUAUGAAUAUAUUUUUAAUAAAAAUGGCAAACCUUUUGCACCUAAAUUGUUGGGCACAUGUCCAAAAUGUCGUCCAAAAGCAUAUUCGUUGGCAUACAAUGCUGUCAAACUUAGUAGUCAAGGUAGAAUAGAAGAAUCCAGACCUUUAAUUCAAAUGAAUUGUGGUGAAAUUGAUGUAGAACUUCAAUUUAAAAAGAAAACUAACGAAAUUCGUGUCAAACAUUCGAUGGAAGUUGUGUUCAAUGAAAACUCUGUGGCAAAUCAAGUGCUGUCAAUCAUAAGGCGAAUGGUUGAUUUCAACAAGUUGCCUCAUGAACGAAAAACAGAAGUAGCACAAUACGUCAUCAAUAAGCUAACGGUGGAUCUAAUCGUACAAUUGUGUAAAGAAGUAACGGAAAUUUUACUAAUCGAACCGCGUGUUGUCAAAGUAAAUUCACCAUGUAUUGUGCUUGGUGAUCUUCAUGGUAAUAUUAACGAUCUUCUUACGUAUGAAAGACAGUUAUGGCCAUUAGCGCCUACGGCUAAUGCGCCCAAUAUACUUUUUCUUGGUGAUUACGUUGAUCGUGGUGAUUAUAGUAUCGAAGUGAUUAGUUACCUGUUUGCUAUGAAAAUUUUAGCACCAACCAAAUUCUUUUUACUACGUGGUAAUCAUGAAAUUCGUUCUAUACAGCGAAAUUUUACAUUCGCUCGUGAAUGUAUGGUCAAAUACUUAUAUCAAAAUGGACAACGUGUGCUUGAAGAAUUCAAUCAGGCAUUCGAUCAUCUUCCAUUGGUCGGUAUAAUUGAUGAAUCGAUAUUUUGUGCACAUGGUGGAAUUCCAUAUUCGGUUGCAAAGAUAGAAGAUUUGUACAAAAUACCAUUACCAUUACCUGAACCAGAAAUUCAAUCGAAACCAGCCUGGGAAAUCUUAUGGUCCGAUCCAGUUACCGAUGAAGAAUUUAACCAAGUUUGUCAAUUUAAAAAUCAAUCGACUGAAACUGGAUUUGUAGAUAAUCUUCGUAGAUCGACCGGAUAUUAUUUUGCCGAGAAAGCAUCGCGUAACUUUCUCAAAGCUAAUAAUCUAUCUCAUAUAAUUCGUGCUCAUGAACUUGAAACCGAUGGUUAUCGAUUUCGUCAUUCUGGCUUAUUGAUAACCGUAUUUUCAAGUUCACGUUAUUGCAAUACAAACAACAAAUCAGCUGCCGUUUUUGUAAACAGUCAAUCAAAUAAUGAAGGAUUCAUCAAAGUGAUUGCAUUGGAAACUUAGUUCUUUUUUUUCGUUUUCUACAUACGAAAAUUAGUAUAUUUUAUUUUAUUAUUUUUUUUACAACAUAACU